CCUCCCUACCCCUAACCCCCACCCCUACCCCACGUAACAUCGUCGGCACAUUUUUGUCGAUGUACCGUCGACCCAAUCACACUGAAUAACUUCUCACCUUCACACCCCCCUCUCUCUCUAACCCUAAAAUCGAAAAAAACUAGGGUUUGCGCCGCCGUCGAAUCGCCGCCGUCUCCGAUGUCCGACAACGAUCUCGAUAACAAUUCUCCGUCACCGUCGCCGUCGUUCUCACCUCCACCAAUAAAAAACGAACACCUAGCUCUUAUUCCUCACGCGCCUCCUCCUCCUACAAUUUCUCCGGCGACGACAAUCUCACCGCCGUUAACUCGAACGCCGGCGUUCCCGGCGCGCGAAGAUUGCUGGUCAGAAGCGGCAACUCAUACACUCAUCGAAGCAUGGGGAUCUCACUAUCUAGAACUGAAACGCGGUAAUCUAAGACAGAAACACUGGCAGGAAGUUGCUAAUUCCGUCAACGCACUUCACGGACACACGAAAAAGCAAUAUCGAACGGAUAUACAGUGCAAAAACCGGAUCGAUACGUUGAAAAAAAAGUAUAAGAUCGAAAAAGCUAGGGUUUCGCAAUCUCACGGUAGGUAUGUUCCUCAAUGGCCGUUUUUCAAUAGCCUCGAUGUACUCAUCGGUGAUAAUUUCAAACCUUCGCCGUCGCCGGUGACAACUACGGUAACAACUCCGUCACCGGUGACGUUAACGGUUGCUACUCGCCGGAAAACACCUCCAUUGCUUCCUCCGCCGCCUUCCGCCGUACCGGUUGCUCCUCGAUCAAAACGACCGGCCGCCGGAGAACUUUACCGGCGAAAUUUCUCCGCCAUGGCCGCCGCCGCAGCUGCCGUGUCGGAUGAUUCGGACGAAGAGGAUGAGUCGGAAACUUCAACUCCGGCGAGUUUUCCGGCGGGAGGUAUAAGUAGGAGGAAGGAGAGUGGUGGUGGUGAAUUGGCGGAAGGUUGUAGCAGGUUAGCGGAAGCGAUAGGGAGGUUUGCGGAGAUAUACGAACGAGUUGAAGAUGCUAAGCAGAGGCAAAUGGUGGAAUUGGAGAAGCAAAGAAUGCAAUUUGCGAAGGAUUUGGAGAUUCAAAGAAUGAAACUCAUUAUGGAAUCACAAGUACAGCUUGAAAAGAUUAAACGCGCUAAGCACAGUCCACAACAAGAUGAUAUGAAGAAAUAUGAAGGUGUUUCUUAUUCAAGUUGUAGUUGACAUUUAUAUUUAGAUACAAAGAUAUAUGCAGCUUGAAAAGCUUAACGCGCUAAGAACAGUUCACAAGCUGGUGAGCCAGGUAUGUUAUUCCUAGUUGGGAAAAUUUGCUGUUUCUUUGAUUCUGUUUGAUUUUACGUAGCAAUCCAAUUGAAACUCGUGUAUGUAUGUACCUAUGUAUGUAUGUAUGUAUGGUGAAAAGAAGCUUUCAAUUUGAUUGGUAGAUAUAAAGAUAUAUGAAGGUGUUUCUUAUUCAAGUUAUUAGUUGAUAUUUAAUGAUUGGGAAGUUUCCAAUUGAUCAAUAAUGAUGGUAUGUUGUCCUAGAAGCAGUUUAUUUAGUGUAUCUGCUAUUGGGUUUGUUGCUGAGUUGCUCUUUUGUCUUUAAAUUGGGUUGCUUCCUUAGGAAAGAGAGAUUGGGAUUGGUGUAGUUAGUUUGCUUUAAUCCUCAGUUCUCUUUUACAUUUGCCUCUUUUUAACAUGCACUAGUAGGGUUCUUUUUAAUACGAUUGAAGAAAUUAAACCUGAAAAGUUUUCAAGGGGUUAGCCAUUAGGGAAAUUCACGAUGCGUGAGAAGUUAGAACUAGUGAUGUAAUGACCUUUUCCUUAAUCUGUACUUGUGCAAGAAACACUGGAUAUCAUAAAGAACAGAUCAAGGCCAAGUCUAGCCAAGGAUGGAGAAUGGGGGCUUCUCACUAAAUGUGAAUUGGGCAUGCAUUGUAUCUCUGCUGAGUUAUAUUUGAAUGAAUUGAAUCCCAUCUCACUGAUAGAGUUAAGGUAGAAAAUAAUUCCUUUUUUUUUUUUUUUUUUUUUUAAGAUAAGGAGUUAAUGUAUAAGUUUUCUUAUAUGAGUUAGUUAUCUAGGAGGUUAACUGGAUUGAAGAUACAUAAGGUAAUAUAUGUUGUUUUAUCUUUUGAAAAGGCUAACAUAACAAAUGUUAUUAAUUUAUGGGGAAGUUUCCUUAUACAAGAAGUAUUCCAACAAGUAGAGAGAUUUAAAAUUAAAUAUGGUUCUCCACAAACUACACCCAAUCUUCUAUGGCGACUGGAAUCUUAUGGUUGCACCAAAAGAUACUAGAAAUAAGAGGCUAUUCAUCUUACAAAAUCAGACUCUACGCCAUUAAAAGCUAUCUAAUUCCUCUCCUGCCAUCGAAUCCACAUAAGUACUAGUGUGGCGAAAACCUAUGCGCUAUGCCUUCGUCUCCUGCUUCCAUAGGUUCAGUUGUGCAACACCUUUUUUUUUUUUUUUUUUUUUGGAAAUGAUAAGUAGUUGUGCAACACUUUCUUUAUUGUUCGAACUUGACUUGCCAGUCUCAAAGCUGGUACGAAAUCUUUCUUGGAUAGUUUGGUGUUUCAUGUGUCAGGAAUCAGCUUCUGAGGGCUUAUACAAGUUCAGGCAGUAGGUCUUAUUCUACCUUGGUUAGCUAUAGAUGUAAGUAAACUGUUUAGAUGACCCUCUUGGUUUAAGUAUGAGUCCUCGUUUGACCAAAAUUAAAUAGUAUUUUAAAUUUUCUUGAUCUUAUUAAUUAAGAAAUAAAAUGAUCUUAACCAAAAUGUUACUUUAAUCUCUUUUUCAUUCUGAGGUUUAGAUGAUUGGAUGUUUUUGUGGUUUCAUGAGGGCUUUGACCAACUGUUGGUUCUGGCUCCUCUUGACUUUUUCUUUCUUCUUGGCUGUGGUGACAAAAGUGUUCCUGCAAGAUGGGUGGGGAAGGGGUAGUUUUUCUAGUUAAUUUGGCAUUAGGCGCAUUAUGGUUUUUUAUUGAGCUUUUUUUCUUUCCCAUAAUCCCUACUACUUACUAGCCACAUAAUGCAUCCUCCAAACAAUCCCAGUGGUGUAGAACUGAAAUGGUAAGUAUGAUCAAAAUUUUAUUUUUUCCAGAAGUACUUUAUACUUCAAUUUAACCAAAUUUGAUCUGUUCUAUUCAAUUUCAUAUUGAAGAAUGCAUUUUUGUCUACAGAGUUCUCUUAAAAUUGCCAUAGGACAAUGUUGAGGAAUAUUAUAGUGGAAAGAUUUUGCGUUCACAUCUCUUGAACAGAUUGAAUUGAAAAUGAAGAUAGACACUUUUUGAUGUGUCCUUGAACAUAAUUGCUAUGGUCUUGACUAUCUAUUUACUUUCUAUGGGGAAUUGUUGAUUUAAUGACUGGUAAAAAUGUUAUGAUGCCACUGGAGAUCUGAGAUUGGUCUAUAUCCUGAGUAUAAUACAUCGUUUAAGCUUCAGAGGAAGAGCAGUAAAGAUGCAAUGCUUGUGGAUAUGUGCGGAGAUUUUUAUUGCAUGAAACAAAUAUAUUUACUCAGACCCCAAGAUGUGGGAUUUCACUGGGCUGUUGUUGUUGUUGUAAAUAUAUUUACUCAUAGUUAUAAAUGUGCAUCGUCCCCCCACCAUGACAUUUAGAGAAGCUGUAGUAGUUCAACUGUGUGAUGAAAGCUUUAGUCGAUAGUUGAUUUUCUCAUUAGUCUAUUAUUGUAAUUACCAUUUGCUCCUUCUUUAGUUAACUUGUCCUGCUGUAUCGUGGUAGCUAUGCUUUGAAGGAACGACUUAUGCUUGUUGAACUCUAAUUAUGGAGUUAGCAAUUGAUAGGGUCAGAGGGUAAAAUGUUUCUUAAUUCUUGCCCCGCUUGGGAUCAACAACAACAACAUACCCAGUGUAAUUCCACAAGUGGAGUUUGGGGAGGGUAGAGUGUACGCACACCUUACCCCUACCUUGGGAUCAAGGAAGGUUAUUGAGAAGCUUCAUUGGUGCACUGUGGCUCCUAAAUAUUUAGAAGUUCUCGAAAAGAAGAGAAUCCUUUAUUUUUUGUUGCCUUCUCUUACCCUCCCACCUUCUAAAUAUCACGUAAAGCCAGUAAUGUCCUCGUUAUUAUGUAUUAAGUACUAUUCUCUGGAUGUUUAGUUUGAAAUUACUUCGACACAAAUGUGAAGUUAAUGGGUUUCUAUUUUUAU